AUGACUUACUUUCCAACACCUGAUCCGGAGAAACUACGGCAGCUGAUGAACAGCCAAGGCUACUAUCACAACCUUCAGACUCCACCAAACUCGACAGGACCUCCAAGACAGGAUGACAUAUCAACGGCAAGCACACCGCAGUCGACGUUACAGCAGACGAGCCCUCCAGCAACAUGGCCGGAGCAGUACCAGUAUGGUCUUGGGCUAUUGCAGAUGCCACCGAACGAUGGUAUGACGAAUGGAAUGCUGCGAAAUGAUGUUUCGUCGUUACCACCAGUCAGUGUACCUUACGACUGGUCAGAAGACCUCACCACGCCUCAGCCUAGCUACUUUGCCUUUGACGGCCUGCCUCGUCAGUACACGUCGUACCCCCAGAACAACACCGCUGUGCUCGCGCCCGCUACUACUUUGUGGAACCCUCCACAAGAGGUUGCUGGACCUUUAUUACCACUUCAGGAUGCUUCGCCCAGUAUGUCCAACUACAGCUUAAGCUCCCAGCUUUCCGAGAUUUCCUCGCCAUACGCACAUUCCGAAGGUUGCAUAAGAACUUCAGGUUCGCCUGUCAUGAAGGUCGAACACCCAUGGGAGAGCACAACAUCUUUGGAGCCCGCACAACCCGCAGCUGUGUCAGCUUACUGCCCGGUACAGCCUGCGCCCGAGAAGGUCACACCGCGUCCGCUAGCACCACAGCGCUUUCACAGCCUACUCCUACCACGACAGAACGUCAAUGAGGACAUCGAGAGCGAGGAGGAGGAUGUCAAACCAGUACUUCGACGGCCUGCGUACCGUAAAGCUUAUUCCACAGAAGAUGUCCGAUCAGAAAGCCAGCAUCACAGAGCGAAGAGGGAAUACACGACAGCCGAUAAUGCGAAUUGUUCUUGCGACAUGUGUGGUAAGCUGUUCCAGCGGAACUACAAUCUCAAAGCACACUUGGAAACGCAUGAUCCUGGUCGGCCGCAGCCACAUCACUGUCAUUAUCCUCAUUGCGGAAAGCGAUUCGUGAGGAGGACUGAUCUGUUGAGACACGAGCAAAGUACAUAUCGACGAUGGCUGCCCGAGACGACCCGAGGUCAAACGGCGGAUGAGCAAAGCGAGACGUACUUCCACCACUUCGAGUCCAAGACGACCUUCAUCAUCCACGUCUCAAGAUAUCAAGCCAGUGCUUCUACCACUCCGACCAGACACUCGACGAUACUCAUGAUACAGAGCGUGGAUGCAUUUAGCGAUAAGUCGGCGUUCUUAACGAAGGAUUCGGCUCGGCUGGCAUACUUAUUGUGCGGCGGAGUGCAUGUUGGCGAGACGGAUAAUUCGAGGGCUGGGUGGUUGAGAUUCUGGUGGUGA